AUGCCGAGCCGCAACGAGAUCGUGCCGCUGGACACGUCCGCCAUGGCUGCGGCGGCCGAGGCGACUGAAGCGCACGCACGCCCCGGCCCAGGCGCAGUGACCGUGCCAGCUCCGCAGAAGCCCAAAGCAAAUGCCACUCACACGUUCAGCAGCAGCAGCAGCAACAAGGCCCGAGCCACGAGCGCCGAGAUGGCCUCGGUGCAGGAGCAGCGCGUGACGCUCGUGCGCGCGCAGCGGAGACACACGGCCUUCCAGCUCUUCUACGGCUUCUUCGGCCUCGCGCUCAUGAUGGUGCAGAUGGAGUACUUGUGGUUCGCCAACACGCAGACUUUGCCCGAUACGUGUCCCGUGGAGUCGACGACGCAGUGUCCGCAGUGCUUCGAGGCUCUGGGCGCGUCUGUGCCGGUGCAAGAGGGCCGGAUGAUUCUCUUGGCGCUGCGGAUCCUCAUCACCUUCUCGACAGCGCUCAUGCUGUACUACGUCUACCUCUACUACGCCGCCGAGUGCGAGGUCAUGAAGCUCAAGAACAUCAUGCCGCCCAAAGCCACGCUGCUGAGCUCGUCGCUGCGCCGAAUACUCCUGCUCGAGAUGGCCGUGCUCGCUGUGCACCCGUUCCCUGGAAUCGAGGACGUGGAUCCCAAGUGGCCGCAGCUGACGGUGGCCACGAGUCUGCUCAUGUUCACGCGCGUGGCUCUCGUGGUGCGCGUCGUGCAGUUCCGCAACUCGUUCAACUCGAGCAACGGCUGGUUCAUCGGCGCGUUGACCAACGUCGACUUCACGGCCACGUUCUUCCUAAAGUCGACGCUCAAGAACCACCCGACGAGUUGUUUAAUGGCGAGCUUCGCCGCGCUCGGGUUUGUCGCUGGUUACGCGCUGUACGUGGCGGAGCGAUUCCUUUGCGCCUUCAAACAAAACUCGUGCUGCCAGCCCAUGCUGCUGGACGACGCGCUGUGGAUGCUUAUCAUCACCAUCUUGACCAUCGGAUACGGCGACGUUGUGCCCCGAACGACGUUAGGGCGGGCCAUCGCUGUGUGCGCCGGCAUCUUCGGCACUCUCUCCACUGCUGUCACCAUCGCAGUCAUGAGCAACUACCUGGUGCUCACGCGCUCGGAGCACAAAGUGAACGCCUUCCUCAAGAAGGACGAAAACCGCCGGCUCAUCAACGAUCACGCAGCUCGAGCUCUUCAGGCGUUCGUACAGCUCCGAGCAGCACAGCGCCGGCAUUCGGGUCUAGUCAGCCGCCCAGACAGAGGAGAGAAUGGGUCUGUGAGUGUCACGACCACGGAAGUUCCUGUCGAGAGCCCCAAAGGCGGCAACCCCACAGGCACCACCAGCACCAAACGAGCCUUACGUCGCGCAGAGCUCAAACUGUUCACCGUGCUGGGCAAAUACCGACAGGUGAAGCGGCAGGUGCAUUCGCACGACGUCAGCGACCCCAUGGACUCGCAGAUGACGAUGCUCGAAAUGAUGGAGGUCAACGUCGAGUACAUCCGCACCAAGAUCGAGGAACUGUCGGAGCUUUUCAUCACGCAGACUGCCGACCGCGGGGGACGAAGCAAGCGGAAGCUUAGCAGCAUUAUAGCAGCAGCGGCCAUACGAGAAUCACCCGCCGAGGCCGAGGCGCCACCGGCGAGCGGAGGAGGAGGGUCCCUAUCACUGCCCGCUACCAGCGGCCCGCUCGCUCUCAUGCAGCAGCUUCAGCUCCAGCCGAACCAACUCCAGCGCUCUCCACCGCGUACACAGCAACAGCAACCGUAUCAGCUCCGCCAGCACGUACCAACCAUGUCAACGCUGCAGGAGAAUGAACGCAGUGGCUUAACUCAGUCCGCGCCGACGUCGCCAGAAAACGUUCCGACCUGGGCUCUCGUGCUCGAGUUGACGCUGCAAAGUUUGCUAGAGCAGGUGUCGCGCGUGUCGGACGAGGUGGAGGCGAUGAAGACGCGCAUGGCGACGCAUAACGAGGACCUUGAGAACCGCGUUCUGAGUCUAGAGAAGCGCCUGGUGGUGGCCGAUGCCCUGCACGAGAUGUCCAUGUCUCGAGGCUCGGCGAGGAAUCUGCUGCGGCGUGGGUCGAAAUCGAGCGACGACGGAUCAAACGCAGGUAGCGCGUCCUCGCCGCCUUCACGCCUUCGACGGGGAAGCACCGUAACAAUACACCGGCCGUCCAUACACAACUUCGUGACACCGUCAGAGUUGAGCGAGUACCAAAAAGCCAACGAGGAGCAGGGCGAAGGUUGA